GUUUGGCUCGAAUGACUAAGCCUCGCGUUACAGAUGAUUGUAUUUCGGCAAUUAUAUCAACAAAUUUCUACUUUUUAGUGCUAACAGUGUGCUAAAUCGAUUCUAAUAAUGGAAAUACACUUCUGAAAAUGUAAAGGGAUGACCGAAUUGGGCAUAGUUCGGGGUAGUCCCGACUCAGACUGCAACAGCAACCAUCAUGGAUCCGCCAGCUACUUGAGCAACACUUCUUCACAAGAUGUCGACUUUAUCCAAGAUAACUCCGACUAUCAGUGGUUCCUCGAUUACGGAUACAGAGAUGGCAGCACCAACCACCAUACCAGCAUCUUAUCGUUGCCCGAAUCAUACGAUGCCGGCGACGUCAUCUAUUACGACAUCUUCUCGAAAAACAUGGACGCGAAUCUUGCCGAGGCAGACAUGGAGAGCUUCAAAACUGAAGAUAUCCAUGCUCUCCUCACGAACCUUCCACCUUUAUGCACCGACCAUUUGAGCCAAGAGAACAAUCGCCAGGGAGAAUGCUACGCCAGCAUGUCAGGCUCCGUAAUGGAGAAGUUCGACCUGGAGAGUUCCCUGAGCGCUCCACAGAGCAACUCUUCCCACGGCGGCUCAGUGAACUCCAACUCCAUGUCCAUCUGCAAGUCGGAGUUACUAUUCAGCCCAGUGCGAGAGGCACCCGUCAUGCCUCAGGUCAACUUUAGCGUGGAUUCUUUGGAUUGCGACCUUCAUGAUAUGAUGCUCACCUGUCAAGCGAAUAAAGACAACUAUACGAUUGCUUUCGAGGGAUCCAUGACUAUGUAUUCGGAGGAUAGCGAUUAUCAUGGAACUGAAAAAAGUGGUAAUUCUCAAAACACAAACAGCACAUGCUGGUCGAACAAAGACACCAAAGAAAAACACACAGACAUGACUCAAUCUGACUCUAGCAGCUUCACAACUUGGAGUAAAUUGAAGAAAAGAUCCAGUGAUGAUCAUCUUAGAAGGCAGCCUUCCGGCAAUAAUAAUAAUUCUGCUGAAGGAGAGAAUAGUUUGAUGCUGAAUGAAACGGCGUUGAAAAGUCAGAGUUUGCCGAAUCUUUAUAAGCAGAAAUUGAAAAGCGCGAGUUCUAGUUCGACUGAAACCACAGUGAAAAGAAAGCCAGUAAAGGUGUUUAACAUCCAACACCAUUUAAAUCACAGCAAUAGCGCGAGCAUAUCAGAGAUGGCUACCUCAGUGGAUGUCAGCAAUAUUGAGAGCAACAAACAACCGAAUUUCAAUCUAGUCAAACUGUUUAUGAAACAGAAAAGUAUGAGUACUGAAGGUAUGUCAACGACGAUGGACCAGCUUUCAUCUUCAGACAACUGCCAAUCAGUGGAAAGCAGCGCGGGCUCUAAAGAUGUGAAAAAUGCCAGUGAAAACGAAGGAAGUUUCAGGGAACAUGGUCAAAUUACCGAAGAAACUGAAGAGGAUAUGUCUGAGUCUGUAGAGCAGCUCUCUGAAAGGGCAUCUGUUGGUAGUUUGGAAAAGGAUAACGGGAACGAUGGAUUUAAAAACGAGAAUAAACGGCGCAAGCAAGAGUUAAUCAACAGGAGCAUCCAAACUUCGUCGUUUUCGGAAUUUAAUAGCGUGAAAAAUUCGAACAAGGUAUACUGCAACGCACGCCGCCCUCCCGUCAAAGUGAUAGAAACAUCAUUUUUGAAAAAGCUGCAAAAAGAAGGCGAAUCUGAAAGACCGAUCUACGUCUUAUACCCGAAUUACGUCCUUCCAAAUCUGGACUUUCUGAAAGAGAAAGAAGACAACAUAUCCAAAUUGCUCCUAAUGCCUCAAAAACCGCCGAACAUCCCGCCGAAAAAGCGACCUUUCAGUUGUACGGACAUCGAGAAUCUAAGACGCAAAGGGCUGAAUCACGUCAAGGACUGGGAAUCGUUAAAUUUUUUGCUGCCUCAGGAAUACAGGAGGAUUUUUGCUGAUUUGCCGGAAAUUUCUGAGGAAGCAAGGAGGGGAAAACAGUCGUCUGCUCAAGCAAAGUUUGCCAGAAGAAGGCCGUUGAGUUGCGAGAUUCACUCAUCGAGCUCCAGCACUGGGACACAGCCGAGCUCUGGGUAUAGAGGGUCUUCUACCAUGCUCACGGAUUCACAGGGAAGUCCAUUGCCGACGGCUAAUUUAAACCCCUUGUUCGUAUAUCGGUACGACAGCGUUACGAGUUCUGACGCCAGCCUAGUCAAUAGCGACAGGCAAAGAAGUAUGACAAUGACUACAGCUCCUUCGCAGCCUCAACAACAACAGGCUGGUAGGACGACUCCACUGUCUAGGGGGAUACUCAGACGGGCUAUCGAGAAAAUAUCCGAUACUCAAAAAAGAUACGGCAUGUGCGAAAAUAAUGACGAAGGUUUAGAAGAUUUCGAACACAAGAAAUUCUAUCAAAGAAAUAAACGACUGUCAGAAACAGAAGAUGAAGGUGUGGAUGCUGGAACAUCUAGCAGCAGUUUGGACGAUCAUUUGGAUGAUUUCAAUGCACAGAGAGCAUAUGCUGAAGAGAUGGCGCAGCUGGACGAGUUCCUGAAACUAAGCCGCCUAUCAAUAUCGUCAGACCAAGAACAUGACCAUCUAGAAGACAGCCUUAUGCAUCUGCGUUCAUAUGUCAGCAAGUUUCUGUCUUUGAAGAUAAACCAAGACAUCAAUAACAAGAAAUGCGUCAGUUUCGCCGGGACGAAGCAACAUCUCGACGUUGCCAGACAGUUUAUUCCACCGAACAAUUCGCCAAAUGUUUCUGCGUUUUUGCAACAGAAGAAUUAUCAGCCCAAAACCCUGAUAGACACAACAAUCAAUGAGGAGAACGAAAACAGCCCUAACUAUUCAAGUCCUCAAACGACGCCCAUCCACACAGUGAAAACGUCAUUUUCUGACAUUUUGGCUCAGAAGCGGUCGCUAAUCAACGCUGUCGCCGAUGCUGUCGAACAGAUCAUGGUACAUUUUUCACCGGCGACCAAUCAAAGUGAUUUGAACGCUUUGGGAGCGAAUCCCGCAUGCGCUAAGUUGGCGCUAAACGUCCUUUGUCCAGCUGUGUAUGCGGUGCUGAGCGAUGGUUUGAAGCCCUGCUUGGAGACCAGUUUCGGAGCGAUCACGAAUUCAGUAUGGCAAGUUGUCGAGGCUUCUUCUCAACAAGGACCCCUUACCAAGGCCCUAAAUGAUCUAGUCAUGAGGAUCAACAGUGAAGAUACCAUUUCAGAAGGACUCACGAAGUUCAAUUCUUUUGUGUUUGGAUUGUUGAACGUCAGGUCGUUAGACGCGUGGGCCAGCUACUUGCGGACCCGCGAAAGCAUCCUGAAGAAACACUACACUGGCGAUUCACUGAUGGUGAUGGCGUACACUGGCGGCGCGAACGUUAGGGCACUUCUAGACACUAUGAUCGCUGCGUUAAAGUCCCUAGCGUUUCUUCCUUUCCAGCUUGACAUGUUCUUCGAACUCAAGCAGUUGCAUCAGAGCUUCAAGAGGAUGGAUUCGUUAAGUGUCACCAGUCCCACGCAUAAGCUUUCUCCCUUGUCCAACUUAAAACAGUUUCCUUCACAAAAACAUGGCAGUCCCGACUCUAACACCGGUCUACCUGACCUCCUCAGUUCCUCACCGACGAGAUCCAGGGAACGACCCCGUUCCUACGUGGACUCAAAUACAAAAAUGUCCUUCAAACUGGGCGACGACGAUGUGGUCAAAAAGCGGUGGUCGGGCAUCGCUAUGAACUCGAAGCUGUACCAGGCAUACGACAAGCUGCUUAAGGAGGAGGAGUAUGUUGACAGUUUGGAGACGGACACGAAGAAAAUUGAGGAGGAGAAAGAGCUCGAGUCGCUGGAUUCCAACUUCUCCGAUGAGAAGCCAUUGAAUGGGAAGAGAUUCAGAAAACUACAGCAAAAAUGGGAGAUGCUCUCAGUACAAAAAUCCGAAUCGGAAUCUCCACCUCAAUCUCCAACCCAUACAAAGUCGAAGAUCCCCAGGCCCAUAACGUCACCAAUCAGACCUUCAGGCAUUCCUAUUCCUGUCAGUAAGGUACCUGUCACUGCAAAGCCUCCACCUACUGGAAUCCCGAAAGCAAAUUCUAAAGGAGCCCUUAACAAGAGGCCAGUUAUCAGCAAUAGAACGAGUAGAGUGGAUCAAGUUGAGACUGAUGGAGCAAGACAUGUACAAAGGCCAAGCAGUUUACCAUAUAAAUGCACUGAGAAUGUGAAAGGUUCGAAGGUUACUCCUCCAAGAAGGGCAGCUUCCAGUUCUUUGAGUCGGAGACCUCUCAGUCGACCCUCCACGCCUAAGGUUGUGAAAACAUUGAACCACCGACUUCCCUCAGAAAGUGGUCAUUUAUCGUACAACAAAGGCGAGAAACUUCAAGUGGUGUUAGAAGUGGACGAAAAGUGGUUACUGUGUUGUAGGGGCAACCAGAAAGGUCUGGUGCCAAGGUCAGCUGUCAUUGCUGACGUUGGACGGUUCUGAUUAUAAAUAUAAUCCUUCGAUUCUCAAACACAAAAGUAAAAAAGACAGGUUAAGUGUUUUAAAAGUCUCAAUUCGUUUUUUAUAACGAUACAUUUUGAGUUUGUUUAUUAUUAAAAGAUGUUUCUUUACGUGAAACUCAAGUUCACACUAUUAGUCAUGAUUUUAUCAUUGUGAAUAAAAGCAUUACUUAUUUUCUUUGAUGGUUUUUCAACAAAUAAAAAGCGAAUUGAUACCACUAUAUGUUUGGUAGAAUUUUGAAGUAAAUUCGUUUUUUAUAACGAUACAUUUUGAGUUUGUUUAUUAUUAAAAGAUGUUUCUUUACGUGAAACUCAAGUUCACACUAUUAGUCAUGAUUUUAUCAUUGUGAAUAAAAGCAUUACUUAUUUUCUUUGAUGGUUUUUCAACAAAUAAAAAGCGAAUUGAUACCACUAUAUGUUUGGUAGAAUUUUGAUGUAAAUUCGCCUCAUAUUAUUGCACUUGAAGAGAUUCUCAACAUUUGUACAGGCACAAAGACCGGCGAGAUUUGGGUGUUAUUUCAAAAUUCUGCCACACAUUUCGAAUAUUCAAGGUUGGUGAAGUGGAUAAUACAUAAAUGUCUAUUAGUGACUUGUUUUUAUAGUAUUGGAUUUUUGUAUUAGGCAGAUUUGGUUCUCAGCAAAGUUUCGUUUCAUAGGGAGAUCACUCAGUGGUGGUUUUUAGUAAAAAAAGGAAAAUUAUUCAGACCUUAGGGCUUUAAGACUUAAUUUGGAUUUAAAACUAUAUUGUUUUUUUGCUUUUAAUUUCUUAUCUAACCCAAUUUUUUCAGUCAAAAGGAACCAACCAUUUCACUAGAAUUAUGAUAAAGAUGGAUUCAGUAUACGAAUUUUUAUACAAAUAUCUGAUUUAAAUUUAUAUGAACAUAAAAGAAUUUGACUUGUGGCUUAGUUUAAUUUUAGAAUGGAAAAUCUGCCACUAUUGAGUGAAAUUUGUUAAUACAAAAAUUAGAAUUAAUUCCCUUAUAUUUACCAUGUCAUAUGUUACACGAUAUUAGGUAAAAAAUAUUACCCAUCUAUCUAUUAUGUAGGUAUAUUGUUUACAUAUGAAAAAACCUACUUGAAUUGUACUUACCUACCUAUCAGUCUCUUAUACCUUUCAAGCUUUGCUUUUUAUAUUUUUAUAUGAAAUAACCACGAAAUUUCUUUGCCCUAUUUCGUAGUUAGUGAUUUUCACAGUUCAACCUAAAUCGUCAACAAGAUUUAAACUUGACUGUGGGAAUGAGCACCCUUUUUUUCUAUCUCAGUCUUGCACCAAAGAGCCAGAGAGAUGUGGACCGAGUAUUUGAAAAAAUACAACUGGAUCCAACCAGGUGCUCAAACACAAUAUUUUCUAUUUUUGUUGAUAUCAUUUUGGGACUAUUGAUUUUUUUUUUGCUUAUGACUACAAGGCGCGAUAUCUGGAUAUCAAGAUGUAUUUUUCCUACUUAUAUUCAAAUCCAGUGACUUUUAAAACGCCAGCAUUUAUUUGCUACGUUUGAUAUCGUUCCCUGUAUAAUCUUGAAGUUGUGUUUUCAUAUUCAUAGAUCACUAGAUUCCAAAGUACGUAACACAGUAUACUUAAAUCAGUCGAAAGAAAGUUGCUCCUUUUGUUUUCAUAUCCAUAGACUGCAGAUUCUAAAGUAGGUUACACGGUAUAGUUAAAACAGUUAAAAGAAAGUUUCUUCUUUUGUUUUCAUAUUCAUAAAUUGCUAGAUUCCAAAGUACGUUAUGCGUGACAUUUAAAUCAUUCGAGAGGAAGUGACCGUUUCUAGAAGCUUGUGGAGUGACUUAUGUAUGUAAAGGAAUCUUUUGAUCUAAGAUUGGAUAUUGUGUAUAUAAAUGAUGAUUUUUAUUAUCUUACAAAUCGUUUCUUGUGAUUAUUAUAUAAGUUACGUUUAAGUUGAAACAUGUGAUAACUUUUCAUUUAGGUUAUGUUAAAUUAUGCCGUAGUUUAGCGUGAAGACUGGCAAAGUCUACAAUAAGCAUUCAAUAUUGUUAAGAGAAAAAAAUGUUGUGUGGCCUUGCAAAUGUAAAUUCAUUGAUGCUUACGUUGUUUUAGAGCUUCUAUAUGGAUAUAUUUAUUUGUAUAUAGCCAAUGAAAAGUUUCUUUCGGUUCAAAUUUAUUUUGGCUGCAGCCUUUUGUCUUCUUCACUGCUGUUUUUCGAAAAUUUCAUUGUUUUUGCCUCAUUCUUUAUCUAGAUCCAUCAUUCUAUAUUGUGUCGAUCAAAUAAUGUUUGACCCGUUUAGUUUGGCAGUGGUGGACUCGCCCUAUUGCACUAAUGAUAUUUUGUAAAAGUAGUAUCGUAAAAUGCUAAAUUACAUAUCUUGAAAAAAAUAAUCUUUAAGGAAUUGGGUUAAUAGUGAGAUGAAACUGUUUGCAGCCAAAAGAAAAAUGCACCUUUUUGUGUGAUGUAUAUAAUCUUUACCAAAGUAUAACAAACCCUAAAACGAACGACCAUACCACGAAAUAUUCCAGAGACCGGCAUUCAUUGUCACUAAUUCGUUAAAAAAAUAACAUUUUCAGAUAUCUAACGACCACGAUACUAAACGAACCGUUACGAUUAUACAGGGCCACAAUUUUUGUCUAACUUGAUUCUGUAAGUCCAUCUGUUCAGUUUUUAAUAUGUAAUAUAGUUGACGACAAACUUAUAGUGACUAUUUUCAUUUUUUAUCUACGGCCGCAAAAAAACAUAGAACAGAGAAAGCGGUUUCUUUGGCGGCUCGACUGAAUGCACUUGCUAGCUUAUGGAGGUGCGGGCUGCGGGAAGGUGUCUAGUCGGUAUUAUAAGUCAACAGUAACAGUCAAAUUAUGUGAAGGUGUUGCUAUGCCCGUAUCGAAAUAAUGCGAUUUAUUUCACAUUUGCUACGUCUCCAAAGCAACUAUAUGGACUCAUUAGUCAUUUUAACAUUAUUGCACAUUGCUCAAAUGUAUAAUUUAUACAGAUGAACCAGCUUUCAUCAUUAUUACCAUAAAGAAGCAGAAAAAAUGUAAAUAGACACUAUAAAUCUGUUGUGAACUAUACCUUACCAUACAUCGUUUUUUUGUUCAUGACUUCCAUAUAAUCUCUGCCCAUUUUUAUGUUUAGUUUUUUUCGUAGCCCUGUAUAAAGAAGGUUUUUGAACUGUCUACCUCCAUAUUCCAAAAUAUUUAUAUUUUGUUAAACAUUGAUUUUGUGCAAUAUAAGUGCGUAUAUAUUUAAGAAUACUAAAAUUGCAUUUGUUAGAUUUAAAUGGCUGAUUAAACUUUGAAGGCUGAAUAUCUCAGCUUCAAAUUGUUAUUAGCACCAGUUUUUUGUUACACCAUUCACUUAAAUAAUUUUUAUUUUCACACUUGUGUUGUGAUUCUUUAUAGGAUGAAUUUUCUUCUGAAAUCGGCACCAAUCAGUAUUUCAUUUGUGGAUGUAGACAGUGUGUUGAGUAUAAAAGAUGAAACAUAGAUGCCAUAGAAUGGAAAAUUUAAGUUACCGAUACCUCUGAAUAACUAUAAUUAUAACGAAAAUAAAUAUACAGAAAAA